AAACUCCAACCGACUUCAACAACAUAUACAUAUAGUUCACAUUUUUUUAGAAAAUUAUAGAAGCAAGAGAUGGUUGAGCCAACUAUUCCUACAGUUGACCUCUCUCCAUUCCUUAAAGAAAACGAGCAUGGCAACAAAAAGAAAGCUAUAGAAACAAUCACAAAAGCUUGUUCUGAAUAUGGUUUCUUCCAAAUUGUGAACCAUGGUGUUUCUUUAGAUUUGAUGAAACAAGCUAUAGAACUAUCCAAGACAUUUUUUGAUUAUUCAGAUGAAGAAAAGAACAAGAUCAGUCCUUCAUCUAAUGCUCCAUCACUUCCUGCUGGCUAUAGUAGACAGCCUCUUCACUCACCAGACAAAAAUGAGUACUUGCUUGUUUUUCCUCCUGGAUCCAACUUCAAUGUUUACCCUCAAAAUCCUUCUAAGUUUAGGGAAGUGCUUGAAGAACUAUUUGUACAAAUGAGCAAAAUUGGAGUGGUGAUGGAGAACAUCAUAAAUGAGUGUUUAGGUCUCCCUCCCAAUUUCCUCAAGGAAUUUAACCAUGACAGAAGCUGGGAUUUUAUGGCGGCUUUGCGUUACUUCCCAGCUUCUAACGACGAAAAUGUUGGAAUCACUGAGCAUGAAGAUGGCAACUGCAUUACCUUUGUUCUUCAAGAUGAAGUUGGAGGCUUACAAGUCCUUAGGAAUGAAGAAUGGAUUCCUGUUGUUCCUGCAGAGGGAACCAUAGUUGUUAAUGUUGGUGAUGUUAUUCAGGUAUUGAGCAACAAAAUGUUCAAGAGUGCAACACACAAAGUUGUAAGAAAAGGAGAAAAAAGUCGGUACUCUUUUGUAUUUUUCCAUAACUUAAAUGGAGAGAAAUGGGUUGAACCAUUGCCACAAUUCACCAAAGAGAUUGGGGAAGCACCAAAGUAUAGAGGAUUCUUGUAUAAGGAGUAUCAACAGCUGAGGUUAAGGAACAAGACACAUCCACCUUCAAGGCCUGAGGAUGUAAUCCACAUUUCUCAUUAUGGAAUUGAUACCUAGACAAUUGUUUCAUGUGUGGACUCAUUAUAAAAAUAUAUAUCCUUGCCUUGUGAUGGCUUUUCGUCAAGUGUAUUAAAAUUGUCGUUAAGUAAUAAUAUUUAUAUCAUUGCGGAUUA